AUGCUCAAAAUUGCCGACAUCCUUUCCGACCUAACUUCUCUUCGUGCGGGCGACCCGACGGCUGCUAUGGAUCUCGUCAUGGCUCGCCCGCCUAGCGAUGUUACAGCUCUAUCGACCCAGCAACUACAGAAAGCGCACAAUACAAUCGACUCAGAUGUUGAUCUGGCGCGCGCACAGGAUUUGCUUGACCUCCAUGCUAACGUCAAGCUGGCUCAUCGCGAGGGUCUCGACCAUGCUUUACUGCAAGCUCGUCAGCAGGUCGAUAUGGCUUUGAGAGCCGUAUAA